AUGUCUUCGUUUUUGCCAGAUGUUGCCGAUAUCAGCCAUGUUCAAACCUUUUCAUACUUGGCCGAUGGUAUUAUCCACGAAACGCCAAUUGAAGUAAUCAAAGAGGUGAUUGAUCCAGAUUUCCCCGCUGAGGAAUAUGAACUCUACAUCAAGUCAUUGUCAAGGCCCUCUCUAUUGCCAGAAUUCAAAGAAUCUGUUUUGAACUUGAUAAAUAACAAUACCACAAAAGCUACCCAGUUAUUUAUUGUGUUGACCACGGCUUUGGAGUCUAGAAUAUUGGCUCCUAUAUUCACUAAUUCAAUGACCUUGAUAAAAGAUAUGACCUUGCAAGAACGUGAGCAGUUGUUGGCCUCCUGGCGUGAUUCCCCAUUACUAAUGAAGAGAAGAUUAUUCAGAAUGGUUUGUUCAUUGACUUUGAAAACUUUUGUUACCAUCGGCAAUGAGUUGCACAACAAAGCCAUUCAUUAUCCUGGUAAAUCGAUCCGUGAACAGGCGUACGAAGGUCACGUGGUUGAUCCAUUCAAAUACAAUUUUGUUAAAAAACCCGAAUUUGAUGGAGCUGAGUUGUAUUUGGGUGAUAUCGACGUACUUAUUAUUGGUUCUGGUGCUGGUGCUGGUGUUGUUGCGCACACUUUAGCCAAAGAUGGCUUUAAAUCUUUGGUUUUGGAAAAGGGUAAAUAUUUCCUGUCCGAGGAAUUUGUAAUGAAUGACGCAGAAGGAGUAUGCGAAUUGUAUCAAGGUAAUGGUACAGUUGCCACUGAGAACCAGGAACUCUUCAUCUUGGCUGGUUCAACUUUUGGUGGUGGUACCACUGUUAAUUGGUCGGCUUGUUUGAGAACUCCAUUCAAGGUUAGAAAAGAAUGGUAUGAUGACUAUGGUUUGGAAUUUGUAGCCACAGACACUUAUGAUAAAUGUCAAGAUUACGUUUGGAAACAAAUGGGUGCAUCCACCGAAGGUAUAACCCAUUCUUUGGCAAAUGAAGUUGUCAUUGAAGGUGGUAAGAAAUUGGGAUACAAGAGUCGAGAGAUUGAUCAGAAUAGCGGUGGGCACCCACAUCAUCCUUGUGGUUUCUGUUUCUUGGGAUGCAGGUACGGUAUAAAGCAGGGUGCAAAUAACUGCUGGUUCAGAAAUGCUGCUGCCAAUGACUCAAAAUUUAUGGAACAAGUUAGAGUCUUGAGAAUCCUUCACGAUAAGGGAGUCGCUCAAGGUGUUUUGUGUCAAGAUGAAGUAUCCGGUAUCAAAUUCACAAUUACUGGUCCAAAAAAGUAUGUUGUUGCAGGUGGCUCAUUGAACACCCCGGUUGUUUUACAAAACUCUGGAUUUAGAAAUAAGCAUAUUGGCAAAAACUUGACUUUGCAUCCAGUAACUACCGUGUUUGGUGAUUUUGGUCGCGAUGUACAAGCCAACCAUUACGACAAAUCCAUAAUGACAUCAGUGUGUACAGAAGUUGAUGAUUUGGAUGGAAAAGCCCAUGGUGCAAAGAUUGAAACAAUAUUGAACACACCAUUUAUUCAAGCAGCACUUUUACCUUGGAGAGGUAGUGACGAAGCUAGAAAGGAUUUAUUACGUUAUAAUCACAUGGUGGCCAUGUUGUUAAUUACUCGUGAUACCAGUACAGGAUCAGUAGCUGCUGAUCCAAACAGACCUGAAGCUUUAUAUGUUGACUAUAGCGUUUCCAAAUUCGACAAGAAUGCCUUGUUACAAGCUAUGCUUAUUACUGCAGACAUGCUUUACAUUCAAGGUGCAGAGAGAAUCUUGAGUCCACAACCAUGGGUACCUAUCUUCACAUCAGAUAUUCCAAAGAGUGAGAGAUUAAUUACCGACAAGGAUUACGUAGAAUGGAGGAACAAGGUUGCCAAGAUGCCACUUGAUAGCUACGGCACUCCAUAUGGUUCAGCCCAUCAAAUGUCGAGUUGUAGAAUGUCAGGAAAGGGACCAAAAUAUGGUGCUUGUGAUACCAAUGGAAAAUUAUUCGAAGCCUCCAAUAUUUAUGUUGCCGAUGCUAGUUUGAUGCCAACUGCAAGUGGUGCAAAUCCAAUGAUUACAACAAUGGCCCUCGCAAGACACGUUGGAUUGGCAUUGAGUGAUUCAUUGAAGACCAAAGCAAAGUUGUAA